ACAAAGCUCUCCUGGAUUUCGACCAAGGUGUCACAAGUCCGAGUCCUAUAACGCCAACUUAGGUCAACGCAAAGAAUCUACGAUGGGGACCAACGUCAAUGAAGCGGCUCUCGACGAGUCGCCCAUGCCCCAAGUUGUCGCCUCGAAGCAGACUGUGGACCCUUAUAAUGUCUCUGGCGAAGUAGACGAGAAUGGCGUGGUCAAGGCAAUCGACUACAACAAGCUCGUUGACGAGUUCGGCACAAAGAAAAUCGACGACGAGCUUCUUGCCCGCCUCGAGCGUCUCACGGGCAAGCGGCCCCACCACUUUCUAAGAAGAGGCAUUGUGUUCUCGCAUAGAGACUUGGAGCUCAUUCUCGACCGGUACGAGCGCGGCGAGCCUUUCUUCCUCUAUACCGGCCGCGGGCCCUCGUCAGACAGCGUGCACGUGGGGCACACGAUCCCAUUCGAGUUUACAAAGUGGCUUCAGGACACAUUUGAUGUACCUCUUGUUAUCAUGUUGACGGACGACGAAAAGUACCUAUUUUCCGACAAGCGAACCAUCGAGGAGGUCCAGGGGUAUUGUAACGCCAAUGCCAAGGACAUCAUUGCCAUUGGCUUCGACCCUGACAAGACAUUCAUCUUCUCUGACUUCGAUUAUGUUGGCGGUGCGUUCUACAGGAACAUCGUCCGUCUAUCAAAGCAUAUCACACUCAACCAGGCCCGCGCCAUCUUUGGGUUCAACGAGAGCACAAACAUCGGCCGUAUCCAUUUCGGCAGCAUUCAAGGCGCAACCAGCUGGGCAUCUUCAUUCCCCCAUAUCUUCGGCGACGACGAGAAGAGGACAGUCGGGAUACCGGCGCUGAUUCCCUGUGCUAUCGAUCAAGACCCAUACUUCCGCAUGACACGGGAUGUGUCGGCAAGGUUGAAAUACCAAGGCGUGCCUUACGCCAAACCUUCUCUCAUCCAUUCUCUGUUCUUGCCAGCGCUCCAAGGACCUGGCACGAAGAUGUCGGCGUCUAUUGACGAAUCUGCAAUUUUCAUGAGAGACACGCCCAACCAGAUCAAGAACAAGAUCAACAAGUAUGCUUUCUCAGGCGGCAAAGUAUCGGUUGAGGAGCACAGAGCGCAAGGAGGCGACACCAAUGUCGAUGUCUCGUUCCAAUAUCUCCGCUUCUUCCUAGAAGACGACGAGGAGCUCGAAAAGAUUCGGCUGGCCUAUGAGAAGGGAGAGAUGCUGACAGGCGAGCUGAAGGCCAUCUGCAUCAGGGAGCUCCAAAAAUAUGUGGCCGGCUUCCAGGAGCGAAGAGCCAAGGUUGACGACAAGACCGUUGAGCUCUUCAUGGCGAAACGUCCGCUGAAGUGGGUGGGCAAUCCCCGCGCGCCGGUCGUUGUUCCCGUAGUGACCAACGGCGAACCCGGCGAAGAGAAGGAAGAGCAGGGUAAGAUGUCCAAGAACCAGCUGAAAAAGCUCGAAAAGCAGAAGCAAGUAGAGGCCAAAAAGGCGCAGAAGGCGAAGGAGAAGGAGGAACAAGGUGCUGUAAAGGCGGUAGCAGCAUGAGCUUGGCUGUCGGGCGUUGAUAAGGAGUGUAAUUGUUGGUCGUUCCCAGGAGCGUCCCAGACCUCAUAGCGCCCAAUGCAGAGACUCGAUAUCACGAGUGUGCCCUAAGAUCUCACGGUUGGAGCCAGGGGCGGGGUUCUGUUGUUGCAGCAGAGCUACUAGUGCAUUCUUGGCCUCUGUGGAUCGUGAGAAGAAUCGCUGCGGCUCGAGAUUGUGGGUUUGGUGCCGAUGCAGGUCGGAGCUAGUCAUUCACAAGGCGUGCGUAGGCCUGCGAGCUUCCUAAAUGAGUCAGUGUUGCGAUACGAAGAGUCAACAAACUACUAUA